AUGAAAAGUUUAACCAGUAAGCUAUUUGAGGCAUACAUUGGUAUCCCAUUCGCGAAGCCACCGAUCGGAAAGCUCCGGUUUGCGGACCCCGUACCAAAUGAGCCGUGGAAGAAUGAACUGGACGCGACUGGCCGAUUGCCGAAGCCACCGUGCAUGCAGCAGAAUCUGUUUAUUCCUGAACGUGGCAUCGAGGGAAGUGAAGACUGUCUCUAUCUGAACGUGUAUCGUCCGCGACCAAUCGUUAAUGGGACCUCGGAACCACUAUCAACAUUGGUGUACAUACAUGGUGGAGGGUUUUUGGCAGGCUACAUCUCACCGUUGAUCGUAGGACCGGAGAAACUGAUCGAUCAGGGCAUUAUAGUCGUCGUGAUCCCAUACCGAUUGGGUCCAUUUGGAUUUCUAUCAACUGGAGAUGCUGCUGCCAGUGGAAACUUUGGAUUAAAAGACCAGCGAUUGGCGCUCCGAUGGGUCAACAAGCAUAUCCGCGAGUUCGGAGGGGAUCCACAAAGUGUGACCAUCAUGGGCCACAGCGCCGGAGGAGCAAGUGUGCAGCUGCACUUGAUGCAUAUUGGCAACGAAGGACUCUUCCAGCGAGCGAUUAGCCUCAGUGGUAGCGCAUUAGCUCCGUUUAGUACACCAUUAGACGACCCACUGAAGUUGGCUUACCAGCAGGCAGCACUGGUGGGCAUCACCGAACCAUCCAGCAUGUCAACAACAGAUCUGGUUGAGAAACUUCGGUUAGUUGAUGCAGAUUUAUUCGUUAGCAGCUUGGCGGCUUUUUCGGUAGGUUAAAACUUCCAUUCAUCCUAAACCCAGUGUUUCUUUGACAUUACCUAUUCCUUAUAGAAUGGUUCUCGCUAUCCAACAAUUGUUUAUGGGCCAGUAGUGGAGUCCUCGGCCGUUAACGAUGCCUUUCUAACGGACACUCCGCUGAAGCUUUGGACACAAGGAUCAUACCUGUCGGUACCUUGGUUGACAGGCAUUGUACCAAACGAUGGAUUCAUUUUCAGUGCACCAAUCCUCAAAAACACUGAUUGUUCGCCGGAAAUAAUCCCCCAACAGCAACAGCUGCUUUUGCAAGUGCUGAAAGGAGCUAAGA